AAGAACAGGUGUCUGUCACAGAGUCCGGAAGUCACAGAAGGCAGUGGUCGAGACCACUGCGAUAGCAACGCGAGGGGUGAAAAUAGAUUCGAGGCUGAGGGUCGAACCAGGCUGGGCCGCUGGCCGAGGGAGGCAACCAUGGACCAAUUGGAUGCUGUGAUCCCUUCACUGGAACCCUUCAGGGUAGAGCAGGUUCCACCCAUCAUUUACUAUGUCCCAGAUUUCAUCUCUGAGCAAGAAGAGACAAAGCUGCUCCGACAGGUGUAUGAGGCUCCAAAACCCAAAUGGACACAGCUUUCUGGGCGGAAAUUACAGAACUGGGGUGGGCUCCCCCACCCAAAGGGGAUGGUGCCUGAACAGCUGCCUCAGUGGCUCCAGCGCUGUGUGGACACGGUCUCGGGGCUCGGCCUGUUCGGGGGUGCCAAAGCUAAUCACGUCCUAGUAAAUGAAUACCGGCCAGGAGAGGGCAUCAUGCCAAUAGGGUGGGACUGGCCAGGAAGACGCCGAGGCAGAUGCCCACGUCCUGGAAUGUUCUGGUCAGCAGAGACAGUGAGGGGGCGUGCAGGUCACAGGAGAGAGCGUCCAGGCUGUCAGGACCCCAAGGGACUAGAAGCAGCUCCCCAUGAGGACGGCCCCCUGUACUACCCAACCGUCAGCACCAUCAGCCUGGGCUCCCACACCAUACUGGAUCUGUACCCGCCUCGAGGGCCUGAGCUGGAGAAGGACCCCCAAGAGGAGCAGCAGUCCCAGCUUCACCCCAAGUUCUCUCUGCUGCUGGAGCCCCGAAGCCUCCUGGUCCUCCGAGGGGAAGCUUACACCCACUUCCUCCACGGCAUCCGCCCCACAUUGAUGGACUCACUGACCGAGACCCCAGUGGCCAAUGCUUCUGCCUGCCCCUCUGCCCAGCCCGGGGCCCUGCUCCCCCGCGGCACACGCGUCUCUCUGACUAUUCGAAGGGUCCCCAGAGUGCUCCGUACCAGCCUCUUGCUGAGCAAGAGAUCUCUGAGCACCCCAGGGAUCUCUAAGCACCAAUUAAACUCAGGGAUCUCCAAGCACCAACUAACCCCAGAGAUCUCUAAGCACUAAGUCAACCCCGGGCCCUCCAAACACCAAUCCAACCCAGGGAUCAGAUCACCAAGCGCCAGUGAGCUCCUUAAUCAUCCCACCCUCCCUGCCUGCCUCAGACUCCUGGCUCUGAGUUGGCAGAAAGAAUUGAGGGAGAAAGCAAUCCCAGCCCAGUCCUUGGGGAGGUGGUUCUGCCUGCAGAGUUCCCAUCCUGGUUCAGGAAUAAACUACACUGACCUCGA